CUUUUUUCUGCUGUCCCCAAGAUCUGCUGAAUUCUGAAGGGAAAUUGACUUUCUUUAAUAUUUUAGAUUACUGCACAUUGCUUUAUUUAUUUUUUCAAAAAUGUUAAACAUAUCUCGUUCUAGAGUACAACAGUGUAGUUUAUCUGUGAUACGAAGACUGAAAAGUACCCUGGUAAUUGCUGAGCAUAGUGAUGGAAAAGUUGUGCCAAUAACUUUAAACGCAAUUACUGCUGCUAAACAAUUAGGUAAUGAAGUUACGCUUCUAGUAGCUGGAACUAAAACUGCACCGAUUGUGUCUGAACUUGCAAAGGCUGAUGGAGUUACUAAGAUACUGUCUGCUGAAAAUGAAGCAUUUAAAGGAUUAUUACCUGAGGCAUUGACUCCGUUAAUACUAGAAACACAGAAACAGUUCAACUUUACUCACAUUCUUGCUGGUGCAUCAGCAUUUGGAAAGAAUUUAAUCCCAAGAGUUGCUGCAAAAUUAGAUGUAUCACCAAUCUCUGAAAUUACUAGCAUUAAAGAUACAGAGACUUUUGUCCGAACCAUUUAUGCAGGUAAUGCUAUUCAGACAUUGAAAUCUAAAGAUCCUGUGAAAUUAAUUACAGUAAGAGGCACAAAUUUUGCUGCUUGUAAUAUAACUGGAGGAAAUGCUUCUGAGGAGAAAGCUCCUUCCUGUGAUAUAAAAAAUGAUGUUUCUUCUUGGGUGAGUCAAGAACUGUCUAAAAGUGAGCGUCCAGAGCUUACUAGUGCUAAACGUGUAGUCUCUGGUGGUCGAGGUUUAAAGAGUGGAGACAAUUUUAAACUGUUAUAUGAGUUUGCAGAUAAAAUAAAAGCUGCUGUAGGUGCUUCUCGUGCUGCAGUUGAUGCUGGAUUUGUGCCUAACGACAUGCAAGUUGGUCAAACAGGGAAGAUAGUAGCCCCAGAAUUAUAUGUAGCUGUUGGAAUAUCUGGUGCCAUCCAACAUUUAGCUGGAAUGAAAGAUUCUAAAACUAUUGUUGCUAUAAAUAAAGACCCAGAAGCUCCUAUCUUUCAAGUAGCAGACAUUGGUUUGGUGGCUGAUCUCUUUAAAGCUGUGCCUGAAAUGACCGAAAAGAUUGAUUCAUACUUAAGUAAAUGAAGGAAUAUUUCAAAGUUUCUGUUACAUGAAGAUGAAAAUUGAUUGUCUUUAUGUAGCAUGAUUAAAUUUUGACAUGCCAUUUUACUUUUAGCAUCAGAUAUUUAUAAUGAAGCUGUAUAAAGUGUUGUUAAAUAAGCCGGAUAUUUAUAACAUCUUCUUCAAUUAUUCAAAUAUUUUUGUAUGAUAAUGCAAAUCUAUCCAGCAAUGUAAAUUUCAUUUUAUGAAUUAAAAUAAUUUUUUAUCAUUUGC